AUGGCGACGAUAGCAGCCGGUCGCGGCGGUCCCGAUCCUGGGGAUGCUUCGGGCGUCAGCGCCUCGGGUGCUCCUGCGAGCCACCCCUAUACCUGCAACACGUGCCACGUUGCUUUCAGGAAUAUUGACCUUCAGAAGAACCACAUGAAGGGUGAUUGGCACCGGUACAACCUGAAGCGUCGUGUCGCAUCUCUCCCCCCGAUUUCCUCAGAGAUCUUCAACGAAAAGGUUCUCCAGGCGCGCGCGGCCACUACGGCACAGGCAGACAAAGUCGGUUUCGAGCGGGCCUGCGAAGUCUGUCAAAAAACGUAUUACAGCGAGAACUCGUUUCAGAACCACAUCGGCAGCCAGAAACACAAGGCACGCGAGACGGCACGUGGCUCCAAGGACGGUCGUGCAUUCGACGAAGCGAGCUCUGUCAUCAGCUCUACCUUCUCCCUUGGAGAGCCAAUUCCAGAUAACAACAACAAGAGCAAGGUUGAUCUGGACUCUGACGCUGAAGAGGAGUUUAGUCAGAUGGUCGAGGGCCUCAAAACAACCAAAAUCAACGGCAAUGAGGAGCGUACCUCGCCACUAAAGCGACCGUCAAACCCUCACCUUUCCAAGGCAGAACACACAUUAUCUGAAAAGGCGGAUGAGGGUUCUGGAACCGCAACUCCUGUCGAGUCGACCAAGCCCGAGGCUGCGCCACCCAAUAACAUCAAAGCCUGCCUGUUCUGUAACUACGAAUCUCCCACCAGUCGCCUCAACGCUACCCACAUGGAGCGCAUACACGGCAUGUUUAUACCCGAGAAGGACUAUCUUGUCAACCUUGAUGGGCUUAUAGAGGCCUUGGAGUAUCGUGUGCGGGAGCUCAACGAGUGCCUAUACUGCGGCAAAGUCAAAGCAAAUGUCUUCGCUGUUCAGACUCACAUGCGCGAUACAAGUCACUGCAAGAUCCCUUAUUCCACAGAGGAGGAACAGCUGGAAAUUGGCGAGUUCUAUGAUUUCAGGAGCACAUAUUCCGACGGCGAGGGAUCCGAUACCGAGGACGAUGAGGAUGUUCCUCGCUCAGGUGGGGCCAAACUUGGUGCCAAGCGAAUCACGACGAUCAAGGGCGAAGAUGGCGAUGAAGUUAUGGAGGACGGAGAUGGAUGGGAGACAGACAGUUCAGCCUCCUCUCUGGACUCGGAGAACCUGACCGCUGUGCCUGCCGAGAAGCACUACCACCAGUAUGAGAGACUCGAACGCCACCCGCAUCAUAGUACAAACGACCCGCGUGGGCACCAUCAAAAAGAUGGUUGGCAUUCGCAUGCGCACAAGCACACCCAUGCCGCAUUCUACGACGAGUACGAACUGCAUCUCCCCAACGGUAAACAUGUUGGGCACCGUGCCCAUAACCGCUACUACCGGCAGAAUCUGCGCGACAGGCCUGUCACGGAAGAGGAGCGGGCCGAACGUCUCGCCCUCGAGCAGGGUCGCGCUGGUAGCCCAGAGGAUAUGGAUGUUGAUGGCCUCAACCGGCUCGCUCGUCGCAACGGCUCCAACUACCGCGCCCUCAUCACCCGAGCGACUGGCGGUCAAGCACUUGCCGGCGUGUCGAAAGUUAAGAUCAAGGAGGUGCAAAGGUCGGAGCAACGCGGUCGGAAGGCCGAAGGUCAUCACCGUGGAAGGAUGGAGUGGAAGACAAACAAGGCUGCCAACCACCAGGAGCACUUCCAUUACUCCAAGCUGGGUGGCUGA